UAAACUCUUCCAGGUGAAAUGGAUUCAAUUUGGCCGAUUCAGCUCGUGUUUUUGAGACCUGAGAUGAAAAUCACAUAACAUGAUUCUCCAGCUGUAACUUUAUGAUACUAAGAGCUAAGGAUCAUCGUAACAAAUGUUAAAGUGACUCAAUGUUUUAAUACCGGAAGAAGAGAAGAUGAAAUUGUUGCUUUUUGUUUUCGGGCUGGUUUCUGCGUUAUUGACCGUGUCAUCUCUUCGGAUAAUCGAAUGGCCACCGCUGAAUUGUACUCAAGAGGAUCUCAGAUGCAGUGCUCAAAUAGGUGACUGCUCUGAUGAAGGGUGGGUGCAGCACAGGCAAAAAACCCCAACCAGCCCAGCCUGGAAAUCAAAUGGAAUCACAGUGACGACGAGGAGGGACGAGAGAGACCACCUGGUGCCAGCCAUCUCGGUGACCUGGAAAGCACGUGCUGAUGGAAGCAUAGAAGCCCUACAAGGAACUGAGGUCCGAGUGCUGAAACAAUCUAGCAAACAAAGUCUUUGUGUCCGAUACAUCUUCCAUAACAAAAUAAUGCAGAUGAUGAACCCGAGAAGAGAACCGUGGACAUUUUCAUUGGACAGAGUGGUGGUGGAACCUGGACAGGCAUAUAUAGUUUCCAUUUCUAACCUGCCAAAACCAGAUGUAGGGCACAACAUGAUUAACAAAACAGUUACCAUCCCAGAGUGCAGAGAUUCAAGGAUACGAGGGGCCAAAAUGUGCCGGGAGAACGGAAGCCUGUGGAAACCUAACAUUAUCCACAAUGUAUCAACUGAGCAAGCAGUGAUCACUGUGAGCUUUAAUAGUGGGGAGUUCUCUGAGAAGUAUAUGGUGUCUGUCCAGUGCCCUGACUUCAGCAACUCCCAAAUCGUGUGGAAGGAGAAUCAGACAUGGCUCAAUGUGUCUUUUGCAACACAUCAAUGGCCCCGAACAUGUUGCAGACAUGACAUUGUGAUCGUGCCAUUUUUUAUCCAGUGUAACAAUGACUGUGCUCCUCACCAGGAGAGAUUUGAUCACUGUGUUGAUGACCCUAGUAAAAAUGACAAACAUGUUCUGCUCAUCUUCAUCCUGGGGUUGAUCUUGGUUUGUGGAUGUUUCCUGUUUUUACUGUGUAGGAAGUUACAGAAAGGUGCUGGUGAAGGGAAAAACAAACCACCAGAUUCCUCUUGCAACACCUCUGCCCCGCUCGUGGGACAGCCAGAGCCUCUCCAGGCCAGAGGCCCGAGGAAAGUGCUCAUCAUCUACUCUCUGGACCAUCCUCUGUACAAAGACGUCGUGCUCAAGCUGUGUGCCUUCCUGCGGGCCAAGUGCGGCACCGACGUGGUCCUGGACCUGCUGGACACCGCGUGGCUGGGCACCGUGGGCCGCAUGCAGUGGCUGGACUGGCAGAAGCAGCAGAUCGAGAAAUCGUCCGACAAGAUCCUGAUCCUCUGCUCGCGGGGCGUGCGGGCCAAGUGGAGGGCCAUGUGCGGGGCCAGCAAGGUGACCCUGAAGGAGGACGCCCGCUCCCCCAUGGGGGACAUGCUCACCCCAGCCCUGAGCCUGAUCAUCCCGGACUUUGUGCACUCUACAUCCUUCCAGAAGUACAUGGUGGCUUACUUUGAUGACGUGAGUUGUGAGGAUGAUGUCCCUGCCCCGUUCAACGUCACCAUCAAGUACAAGCUGAUGAAGCACUUUGAGGAGCUCUACUUCAGAAUUGUGGACAUGGAAAAACAUGAGCCGGGAAAGGUGAACCGCAUCGAAGGCAUAAGUGAGGAUGAGUAUUUCAACUGUCCCUCGGGCAAAGCCCUGAGGAAUGCCAUUGAGGCUUUGCAGGCCUACCAGCUAGAGAAUCCAGACUGGUUUGAAAAGGAGUGUGUGGAGAGCGAGGACGAAGCAGCCGAGUCUGAGACACAGAACCCUCUUCUUGCACUGAAGCCCAGCAGCCCUAUCCUUCAGUGUGUGCCAGAGUGCAGAGAGGGACCUCCCGUCUUAGUCAGUGAAGUUGAAAUUGUUGAAGACGCCCAACGGACACAGUCAGUUAUCCCCGUAUUGAAUCAGGGUGGAGAGAGGCUUCCGAUCCAUGAGUUUCACCCAGCUGUCCAGCCAUACGAGCACAAGCUCUGUUCUUCACACCCAGUAAUUCACAGUGACCCAUCCGUCUGGAGAGCGGCUGUCCACCCCUCAGUGUCUGAGGGCCAGCCUUGCUUGACAAGCAUCUCACCUAUGCAGGAACCACCAACACAAAGGAGGAAUACUGUUCACCUGCAGGAGGGGUCUGCCAAAGAGAGCUCGCCAGUGGAGGACCAUGAGGAGGUUCCCAUGUUGUCCAGUCACCUCUCGCCGAGCGUGCUGGACCGCCUGCAGGCUCUCCAGUGGGCUCUGGGUCCUGAGGAGGCGAUCUCCUCCACACCUGAGGAGGUGGCGGACCGCAGAAAGAGACCUACGAGUGGAUCGGACCAGGGUUACAUCUCCAGGUCCUCCCUCCAGCAUGGCUCCACACUCGGAGAUGACUCCCAGGACCCACUGGUGGCUCUCUCUAGACUGCAGGAGGCAUGCUUCCUUAACAGCCUCAAACCCUCAGGACCCACUGCAGUGCAGAGUAGAGACCAUUUUGGACAACCGAAUGCAGAAGCCCUAUAG